AUGGUUUCUGGAUUCCUCCCAGAAAAUGAUGGUCUUAAACAUGCUGUCUCUGGUUCUAAUAUCAUAGUAAUACCUGCUGGUGUACCUCGUAAACCUAACAUGACACGUGAUGAUUUGUUCAAUACUAAUGCUUCAAUAGUUCAGGAUUUAGCUACUGCUGCAGCCAAAUAUGCACCAGAAGCACAUUUGGCAAUUAUUUCCAAUCCUGUGAAUUCCACUGUACCGAUUGUAUCAGAAAUUUUCAAGGCUUAUGUGUUUGGUGUCACAACUCUUGAUGUUGUUCGUGCAUCUCGUUUUAUAUCAGAAAUUAAAGGCACAGAUCCAAAAAAUGAAAGGGUCACAGUGGUUGGAGGACAUUCUGGAGUGACAAUUAUUCCGUUGAUUUCUCAAACUGGAUCAAAUCUCACAGAAGAAGAGACAAAAGCUUUAACUCAUAGAAUACAAUUUGGUGGUGAUGAAGUUGUUAAAGCUAAAGCUGGAACUGGAUCAGCGACACUUUCAAUGGCCUAUGCAGCAGCACAUUUCACUGAUUCAUUAUUGCGUGCAAUUGUAAAGGGUGAAAAAGGAAUAAUUGAAGCUGCUUAUGUUAAAUCAGAUUUAUUUUCUGAGCAAGGUAUUGAUUACUUUGCGUCAGAUAUUGAGUUAAGCCCAGAAGGUGUCGGUAAAAUUUAUCCAUUAGGUGAAGUAAGUCCCUAUGAAAAGGAAUUAUUGUCAGCAGCCAUACCUGAAUUAAAGAAAAAUAUUGAUAAGGCACUGGUAAUUUCAAAAUUAUAA